GUUGGACGAGCCUAUAUAGAACACCACGGUGGGAGACUGGUGUACAGAGAGUAUAACCAUGCAGCGAGAGAGACGAGGAGAGAAACAAAAGCGGUGGCGCGAGUAACACUCAUUGAUUCCCCUACCAGCUCAGCGGCCAUCUCUUUUGCACCGUUUCGCCUCACUUUAUUGCUAUUAUUUCAUCUCUUUUCGUUACGUCUCUUUCUUGCUACUGUUCCCUCAUUAACCCUCUCCCUCUUCGGACAACUGUUAUCUCUGUCCUCCGUUUUCUACCUAUCUCCCUCGCUCUCGUUACGUAUGCACGAUAUACACUUUCCGCUCGACGCUUCGACAACGGUAUUACGCGAUUCAGUUGAUUUCGAAACGGUGCAUCGGGAGCGCGGAAUUUCUCUGGUAUAUAAUCGGUUUUCUACAGACUCGUCCCCUUUUCCGUUUGCAAGUGAAACGCUUUCAACGUAGAAAGUUUCCUGGCCGAUUCGGCUUAACAACUUCAAGUGUGUUCUCUUUUCUGUUUUUUUUCCCUCUUCUACUGUUUCCUUUUACACUGCACCGGCCUUAUGAUCCGUGUAUAGUAGAAUCGUCGUGUCUACUACUGUGAGAAUCAGCCGUUUUGAGGACGUGCCAGUGCCUCACAAUGGGGGAAAGCAAAGCGCGCCAAGAGAUAAAAUAACCGUAACCGAUUGUCUCAUUUUGGCUUUUCUUUGUGCGCGACCAAUUUUUCAUAAAUGGCCUCUUCUCUGUAUUAUUUUCUGUAACAACAUCGAUACAGAUUCAGCUAUUUUGAAUUUUCCUCGGAAUGGAUAAAGCCGAUUUUAUUCUACAAAAUCGAAUGUUUCAAUUCAAAGUAAUAAACUUCAUCGUAUUCUUUGCUUUCUUUUCUACUUUCUGCUUACAAAUUUCCGAUAAACUAGAUAUUGAGCUGAAGAUAUAACGUGUGUCAAUAUUGCGCGCAAACUCUUUAUCAUGACUGAUCGUGCACAAAAAUACGAUAAUCCACAAUAUCAAUAAUUAGAAGCACGUAAACUUAGCCUAGUAUAAAAUCUAUCGCGAGAUACUAAAUCAAAAUAUACGUCAUCUGGAAUUUUUAGAUAGUUCCAGUUUUAGAAGAAAAAAAGGUUCUUUAACUUUUUUAAACUUUUUCUGCAUUUCUUUCUACCAUUUAAGAGAUUUCUCGUUUGAAAAACGUGUAACAUCUCAUGUUGUAUAAAAAAAAAUUCUAAAUUUUAAUUUCGAUCGAGUAUCGUAUUUUCAAGGCACGACGGUGAAGAUCGGUGCGCGGUCUGCCUAAAGUCAUCGGCCAAGGUAUAUACAAGAGAGAGAAUCCUCUACACGUUCCGGAGUAUGCAGGGGGUGGCGAGUCAGGAGAGCGAGAGAGAACGAGAGAGAGCAUGAGAGUAACCGGUGUGUAUGUGGUGUGGUGCGGUGUGUUGCUACUGCUGCGGCUCUUCAGUGGGACCGAGGGAGAGAGUUUAACGCGACGAUAGAGGAAGAGAGGGGAAAGGAAGGUGGGGCGAGCGAGGAGGUUAGAGCAAACGCGAGAAGAGCACCGGUACGGAACCGAGUGACAAAGAGAAGUGAACAAAGAGAGAGAGAGAGAGAGUGAGAGAGAGAGAUGGAUAAAGUGAGAACGAGUGCAAAGGGAGGGAGGUGGUGUGCAAGAGAGAGACAGAAAAUCCGGUUGCCUGGCGACGAGCCAUCUAGUUCGAUCCCAGCCAGCCGACCAGCCACCCUCUGGGCGCAGGAGCAACGAGAGAAGGCGACUACCUUCUGCCUUCGUUUCCUUUUUCUUGUCAUUCUUAACUUUCUUGAACCGCGCCGCGCCUUUGUUUCCCUGGCCUGUGCGUGUUGGUCAAUCUUCUUGCCCACCCCUUUUGGUUCUUCCUCACGUUAACAUCACAGAAUACAUACGUUAGUGUACCGUAUGAACGAACGUUGGUGAUGGGUUUCGGUUAGACCGGGAAGAGAGAAGUGCACACGUUUCAAGGCCGGAGCGGUCGGUCGGUCGGUCGGUCGGUCGAGUGCAUUGCAUUACGUUGCGUGUAAGAGCGCGUGUGCCGAACGAUGGAAAGAUCGCUGUGAACUCACAGAGUUUCGUUUUGUUGCGAGGAUGAGAGUAGUCCUUGGAGUAGCGGGCUGCGGUGAGGGAAGCCAGGCCUGAAGGGAAGAAAUCAAGAAACGGAAGAAGAAAGAGUGUGGUGGUCCAUUGGUGGGAGACAAAGCGAACGAACGAGUUAGAGAGGGAUAAAUAAAGAACCGGUGCGUAUAUGCGUAUACCAGUUGUGUGUGUGUGUGAAUAUACACACAUGUUCGAAGAAAGAAGAGAGAGUAGUCGAGCGACAAGAAGAACAUUUGAUAAUGAUGUGAAGCCGAUGAUGAAUACCCGCGGUUUCUCCUAUGAAAUGGAGGUCGGUCCAAUUGUCGAUCUUGUCUUUCAACGAACGACAACGAGCGUAUAAAUCGAAAGUAUCUUCUCACGAAAUGCAAAAAUACACAUUCAUCGAGCUCCAUGCCGAUCACUCGAAUCGUGAAUCGAAUCGGUUUUACGAUUGACGAAAAGAAACUAGAGCGUUCCGGUAAUGGUGGUGCAUUGACGGAGAACCAUUCUGGAAAGAAGCUUGGAAAUCUUACCGGAAAAGAAGUAAGCGAGAAGAUUCGUUUCUACGCACUUGAUCGAGUUGAGUUUUGCUCUAAAUACUCGCCGUACGAUAAUAUUAAUCGCUAAUCAACGAGGAACUCGAUCUUGCAGUAAUUGGUGCGCUCUAGGGAUAUUUUUAAAAAGGAACAGAGAGAGAAGGUGGCCCAUUGAAAGAACUUGCCAACUAUAACGGAUCUUGUGUCUUUUUUCACCCUGUUUCCCCGUCUUCCUUUUUUAAUCGCUGUAUACUCUCCCUCGAUCCAUCUCGCUCUCUCCCUUCCUCUUCCUUCCAUUCCCCCUUUCUUUCUUUCUCUCUCUUGCUCGUUCGUUCGUUACAGCCGAUCAACACGAAUCGAGACCUACGCAUAGUCCAGCAACAUGUUCCAGUGCAUUAUUCAGCAGAGAAACGGAUGGAUUCAUCCUUAUAACCCCGAUACUAAGGACGUACUUCCAGAUGCGAGCUCGUCAUUCGAGGCCGAAGAAUGUCAAAGAUCACGGCGGCUGGGUCCAAUUUGACCAGUGUGUUCCAGAAACUGAACAUUGCCAGAAAUAUCACGUUAGUUCGUUGAUGUUCCUGCAGUUUUCGUGAUUCGAUUAAUUCAACGAAAUAUUCACGUGAAUCAGUGACUUUCCGUGAUAUGAUAGAUUUGAGAAAAGUUCGCGAGAACUCGCGAUAAUAAUAAAUUUGAAAAAAGUUCCCAGAAAUUCGUGACUUCCCGCGAUAUGAUAAAUUCGAGAAAAGUUCGCGUGAAUUCGUGAUAAUAAUAUAUUUCAGAAAAGUUCAGGUGAAUUCGUAACUUUUUCGCGAUAUAAUAAAUUCGAAAAAAAUUCGGGUGAAUUCGUGUUUUAGUAAAGCACGGAUUAAUAUCGCGUGUGUUCGUGUAACUUACACGUGAGAAAGGAAAAGACAGAUUAUUGGACGAAAUAAAAGAGAAAAGUGAUUUGUGGGCACGAGGAAUAAUCGUCGGAGGACCGGAGAGAGAUCAGAGUGUGGUGGACAGUCGGAAAGGAUAACGGAGAAAAAUGUUCAAGCUCGCUGGACGACAAGAAUGGGAGGCUUUGACGAAAGACAUACGGUUGCAGCUGAACGAACAGCUGAGAUGUCUCGACAUCCGGAUGGAGGCCCAAGUCGCCAUCGUGGCGGAGCUUCAGGAUUUUUUUCGAAGGAGAGCCGAGCUCGAGCUCGAUUACAGCAAGUCCCUCGACAAGUUAGCCAGAAGCAUACAGCUCAGACACAAGGAGCAAAAGCAAAAGCGAGAACAUUGGCCCCUAUUCUCGAGUUAUGCUUGCUGGCAACAACUUAUCAACGAGACCAAGUCCUUAAGCAGAGAUCAUGCGGCUCUUUCAGAAGUGUACAGCACACAUCUCGUCGGUCGUCUCAAUCAGGUGAUGGAAGAUGUUCAACGGAUAUACAAGCGUUGCCGUGAAAUAGGCUACGAGACGCACGAAGAGAUCCUUCGAGUGUUGGACGAGCUACAUACCACGAUGAAAACGUAUCAGACAUACCAGACGGGGUCACGGCAAGCGGAAACGAAGCUUCGUGUGGCGGAACAACAACGCAGCAAGCUCGAGGUGGCGAAUGCCCCGCCCGAGAAGCUCGCGCGUAGCAAGAAAUACAAGCUCAUGGAAAAGGAAGUGAACAAGAGGAAGGUCAAGUAUCAAGAGGCAAAGCUAAAGGCGUUGAAAGCAAGAAACGAGUACAUUUUGUGUCUGGAGGCAUCCAAUACGACAAUACAGAAGUACUUUCUAGACGACCUAUCAGAUCUGAUCGAUUGUAUGGAUUUUGGAUUUCACAAUUGCAUCGCAAGAGCGUUGCUAAUGCAUUGUAGCGCAGAGGAAGGUAGGCAACGUUCGCUGCAAUCCGGUGCUGAACAAUUGGCAGCAUGUGUUGGUGCUCUAGACUCGAGGGCGGAUAAACAGAGGUUUUUAGAAUCUCAUCAUUCUGCUUUCAUGAUACCUAAGAAGUUUGAAUUCCAAGGUCAACGAGGAGACGAGGUACUUGAAACUCCAGAACCAGAACUGCAAAAAUUGUUACACGCUGAGAUGGAACAAAGAUUGUCCCAAUUGCAACAAAGACUCACAUCUUUAAGAACAGAAUCUGAAGAAGUUUGGAAAACCUUGGAGACAGCAGAAGCUAGUCUAUUGGAGAUGUUAACCGCGAAAGAUUACGACUGUUCCAGAUACUUUGGUGAGAACGCUGUUCCCACCUCCAGGCCACCAGAAACUGUGCAAAUUAAGCUCAGAGCAGAUAGACAGGAAACUGAAGAAUUCUACCUCACGAAAUUCAGGGAAUACCUUCUUGGAACAUCAAGAAUAGCUAGGUUAGACGCAAAACAAGAAUACAUUCGACAAAGCCUGUUAGAUGGCUCGACUGCUAGCCCGAAUCCAUCGAUAUCAACAACGAAGCAAAAACAAGCUCGGAGAAAACGAAUCGGUAGAUUACAGAUGAACGGCCAACCAAAGUUAUUCGGUGGCUCAUUGGAAGAAUAUUUGGAAAGCACUAAUCAAGAGAUACCUUUAAUCAUGAAAAGUUGCAUUAGAGUCAUCAAUCUAUAUGGUCUUCAUCAUCAAGGUAUUUUCCGAGUCUCGGGCUCCCAGGUAGAAAUUAACAAUUUUCGGGAAUGGUUCGAAAGGGGAGAAGAUCCAUUGGCCGACGUCACUGAUGCAUCCGACAUUAACAGCGUAGCCGGUGUGUUGAAGCUCUAUUUGAGAGAACUAAGGGAACCACUGUUUCCUAUUAUUUACUUCGAACAUUUAAUGGAAUUAGCACAACUAGAAUCAAAACAAGAGUUUGUUAACAAGAUGAAGGAACUGAUUUCCAGUCUUCCAAGACCAGUUGUCAUAGUGAUGCGGUACUUGUUCGCUUUUCUUAAUCACCUCUCAGAAUUUUCGGAUGAAAACAUGAUGGAUCCCUACAACUUAGCAAUUUGCUUCGGCCCCACCUUGGUACCUGUUCCAGAAGACAAGGACCAAGUACAAUACCAGAACCAAGUGAACGAACUCAUCAAGAACAUUAUCACGUUCUGUGAAGAAAUAUUUCCAGAAGAUAUUGGAGGUACUCAAUACGAAAAGUACAUCAGUAGAGAACCUGACGACGUAGACGUGGGAGAUUCGCCGACGGACCAGGUCCAGGAAGACAUGGACUCCGAAGUGUAUCCAUCUGAGGAUGAAUCAGAAAACCUUGAAGCCACAGCGCAAUUCGAUUUCAAUGCAAGGUCCGAAAGAGAGUUAAGCUUCAAAAAGGGAGAUACCUUGACUCUAUACACACAAGUCAGUAAUGACUGGUGGCGAGGUGCCUUGGCCGGUAGAGAGGGGCUUAUUCCCGAUAAAUAUAUUAUGAUCAAGAUAAAGGACGAAGAACGUGAAAAGGAACUCCUGAAGUCGUCGAGUGAAGAAUCAAUGCGAAGAAGGACUUCAAGCUCUGCCGAUAGUGUUCUUUCAAGUAACAAUUCACCGCUGAUGGGACCGUCUGGAAAUCCGACUACUUGGCCCUCUAACACUACGUCCGACGUGCAGUCAACCGCAAAUAUAAUCACAACAGACAAUAGCAGUAACAGUGGUGUUAUUCCAGCAGUCGUGACAAAUGCCCCUUGCAUCUCAGCACAACCAAUCAUCAGUCGAGAGUCUAUAGAUGAAACCAAAAUGGAAUGCUACUCGCAGAGCCUACUUCUCCAGCGGAUAUUCUUUUGGCUUGAGGAAUGUGCAUCUCGAGUAGCAAAGGUAUCGACACCAGAAAAAGAGAAGCAUAUCUUCAUUUCUGAUCAUCGUGCAGACACAACGCCAGUCAUUAUUAGUAAUAAUGCUGAGAACGAGAAGAUAUCAGACUUCAGCGAGUCGUUACAACAACGCAACGAAGAUACUAGCGAAGAAGCAGAACGUAUUUCCUUGAUGAGCCUAGACAGCGGAUCAAAGCGUGGAACAAGUAGAAAACAACACUGGAAAUCCCAAAGCAUGGGUGAUACUGUGCAGCAAACUGCGAAUUCUCUUCAAACAAGCAAUACUAUCUCUCAAGAUGAAGAACCUCAGGAACAGCCGACGUUUUCUGCGAAUCGAGAGCUUUGGCAAAGACGAGCGACAUCGCAAACGCAAUUGAACCCGCCUGCGCCUCCUAAUCAUAAAAUUUUCCGUGCCUCCCAAGAAUUCCGUGAAAUGCGUCAGAAACAUACACCGGAUUUGGUAAUGGAUCUGCCUUUAUCGGCACAGGAUGCGAGUAAAAAGUCUGCUUCGUCGAGCAGUCUAAGCAGUUCUGACGAAGAGACGCCAACUCAGCCAUCUCGUGCUGAAGCGGCCACAUCGCCAACGGGCGGUCCUGAGUCCCCUGACAUGAGCACAGCUGCAGAACGAUUCGCUAAACAGAAUCAAUGCACUCUAAAGAAAAAUACCAAAUCGAAUCCUGACGCGUCAAAGUUAAAACGUAUGGAGACCGAACACGAUCCCGAACAAGAGUCUGAGGAAAUUGUUAGGUCGACAAGUUCCAAUCAGAUCUCGGAUUCAAUGCCUUUGAGAUCACCUCUUCCACCACGUUCGACGCCCAAGAUAGUGGCGAAAUUUGCAGAUAUGCACCUAACAGGCGGCAGCCAGGUGUCCUCGUUCAAGCCGCAGAUAAAAGUGAAGCCAACGAUUCUCAGAAAACCGGUGUUACCAUUCCCACAUCCGCACAUGAGUCCUGAGCUCGCGAGGAAAAUCGAAAAGCAAGCGCAGAGCGCUGAACAAACCAAUUAAUUGCUAACCCAGGGUAUUACAGAGAAGUUUUUAGCAGCGAGGAAAUAUUUAUUUUCAGCAACCCAUGCGUGUUUGAGUAAGAUUUUCAGACGCGUAGAUUUGCCACUGACUUUCCAUUGACCAGUUACUCCGCCCAAAUCGCAAGGACACGAAGUGUGUUAGUUACAGUACCCAAAAAAAGAAAGGAAAGCCGGACAGCAUCGUUCCUUGAUAUGGAACGGGUCACGUGAGUUUAGUUUCAGCCAGUGGACGUUGCGUAUAAAAGGUCUGAUGCUGUCCUCGGGCCGAGUUUAUUUUUUCUACGACUAUUUUCCAUUUUCGCAUAAUUUUUUUACCAAAUGACCCGCGAAACGAUGUUUCUAGUCAUCGAGCGAUGAUUGAAAAACGAUGCGAGAAAUGUGUGAGCGAGAAAAAUACAUCGAAAAAGAAAAAAACAAAAAAAAGAAUAUAAUUUCGAGAUUAAGUAGUUUUUCGUCGAUAGAGCGAGAGAAUGAGAGCAAGAGAGCGCGAACGAGAGAGCGAGAGAGAAAAAAGCCAGAUGAUUUUGUACGUUGGACGAUUUGUAAUUUAUUGCAAAGAAUAUUUCUUCUCAACGUGUUAUCAGUAUAAUGUUUGCAACAAACGUAUUUGAUGUUCCUUUAAAAACGCACGCGAGUAAGUAUGAGUUUUAAACAAAACAAAAAAAAAAGAACUAGAACCUUUUUUAGGAAUUAGUUUCUUAAGAAGAAUGAGUGAGAUGAUUUCGGGAUUUAAAUCCCGAGCUAUUAUUAUUAUUAUUAUUAUUAUUAUUAUUAUUAUUAUUAUUAAUAUUAAUAUUAUUAUUAUUAUUAUUACUAUUAUUAUUAUUAUUAUCAUUUAACAUUAAUAACAUGUCACGGACGUCUUUAAUAAGAAUUAUAACGACAAUGAUGUUCGAUAUAUUCGAGAAUAAUAAGUGUACAAUAAUGCACGAGUAUUUAAACAAUUCGACGUCAGUUCUAGAUAUGUACCAAUAAUUCUACUAUGACAAAAAAAAUUCAACGAAAUCAGAAGAAAGCGAUGUAACACCUCGAUGUAUUCAUGCCCUUCUUCCCUAUAACCAAUUUAAAAAAAAAGGAAAAAAUCGAAAAAAAAUCAUUGUACUCGUUUAUCGAAGUAAUAUGCAUACAGUAUAAUUGAUACUCUGUGCAAGCAUUCUACGAAUUAUACUUUGAGUGGAAAACUAACGGGACGCGUUAUAAACAAUCGUGAUCCAUAAAGUAACGAGUGAUGCAAAUUCAAUUAAGAUUGAUUAACAUAAUACUCUUUAUAGUUGCUGAUCAAAUAUUAGUACGAAAUAUUAUCACAUUAUACCCACCGCAAUAAGAAAAAUACCAAAGCCAAUGGAUUAUUGCCUCCCCCCUUCCCCAUUUUUCUGAUUGUAUCAUAAUAUUUGUUGAACGAACACAAAGCUAAAACUUGAGUUUUCUUAACGGUGCGUUCGUUUUUAUAUACAUAGUUCACACAUAGUGAGAGUUGCGCUUUUACAAUCGUUUUCUUUUGUAUAACUACUCUCAUGUUGAAUUGUUAGCCCCAUGAGAAUUCAGUGUAAUUUAACGUGUAAUUUAAUGUUGUUACGUAUUUAUGUCAAUUUGCCCCAUCGUACAGAUACAGGAGCCUAAUUUGACUAUUUUUCCGUUACGGUUACUGAUAUUAACUUCAAUAAAGAAACUUGCAGGCUG